UGCCCCGCCCCGCAGGCACGGGCGAGAGCGGGAAGAGCACGUUCAUCAAGCAGAUGCGCAUCAUCCACGGGGCGGGCUACUCGGAGGAGGACAAGCGGGGCUUCACCAAGCUGGUGUACCAGAACAUCUUCACCGCCAUGCAGGCCAUGAUCCGCGCCAUGGAGACGCUCAAGAUCCUGUACAAGUACGAGCAGAACAAGGCCAACGCGCUCCUGAUCCGCGAGGUCGACGUGGAGAAGGUGACGACGUUCGAGCACCGCUACGUGCACGCCAUCAAGACCCUGUGGGACGACCCCGGCAUCCAGGAGUGCUAUGACCGGAGGCGCGAGUACCAGCUCUCGGACUCCGCCAAGUACUACCUGGCUGACGUGGACCGCAUUGCCACCUCGGGCUACCUGCCCACCCAGCAGGACGUGCUGCGGGUCCGAGUGCCCACCACCGGCAUCAUUGAGUACCCUUUCGACCUGGAGAACAUCAUCUUCAGGAUGGUGGACGUGGGUGGUCAGCGGUCGGAGCGGAGGAAGUGGAUCCACUGCUUCGAGAACGUGACGUCCAUCAUGUUCCUCGUAGCCCUGAGCGAGUAUGACCAAGUGCUGGUGGAGUCGGACAACGAGAACCGCAUGGAGGAGAGCAAAGCCCUGUUCCGGACCAUCAUCACCUACCCCUGGUUCCAGAACUCCUCCGUCAUCCUCUUCCUCAACAAGAAGGACCUGCUGGAGGACAAGAUUCUGCACUCCCACCUGGUGGACUACUUUCCCGAGUUCGAUGGGCCACAGCGGGACGCCCAGGCCGCCCGGGAGUUCAUCCUGAAGAUGUUCGUGGACCUGAACCCCGACAGCGACAAGAUCAUCUACUCCCACUUCACGUGCGCCACCGACACGGAGAACAUCCGCUUCGUGUUCGCGGCCGUCAAGGACACCAUCCUGCAGCUCAACCUGAAGGAGUACAACCUGGUGUGACCUCGCCGCGGCCGCCGAGGGAAGAGGGGGAGCCCCAGGCGGGCCCCUCCGGGGGCGCCGCCCGCAGACCGGUUGAUUUCGUUUUCAUAUUUUUAACAAAUGGUUUUUAUUUCACAGUUGUCAGGGGACGUCCGUCUUUCUUUCUUACACCUCGUGCACCUUCUCACCUGUGUCAGCGGCAAGGCCGCCUUUUCCUGGCCUUGACUCGGGGCUCGCUUUUUUCUAAAAAAAAAAAAUAAAAAUAAGAAGAAAAAAAAAACGAAGGAAAAAGAACGGAUGGCGACAGGACGAGCAGAGACUGGCCGGGCCGGGCCGGCGGCCCCCCGGCGACACGCGGGGACAGAGCCACCCGCCGGCCCGGACUCCCCGACUGCCCUCCCCGGUCCCUUGUUCCUUACCCUCUCCGGCGCGGUGGCUGAGGCCUGGGACUGUGACUUCUCUUUCUCUCCCUAAGUUAUUGACACCCUGGACUCCAAGAAGCGGGGGUGGGUGGCGCCCCCCGCUGCCCGCCCUGGGAAGUGCCUAACCUUUUUUUUUUUUUUUCUUCUUUUCCGUGAGGAAGGAAACCGGUGUGCGCGCUCUUUGGCCCGGCUCUCAGCACCCCCACCCCCACGACCUCUGGGGGCCCUCCUGGGGCCGCCAUCCCGACACCCCCGCGGGUCCGUGCCCUCCGGCCCUGGCCGAGGGCACCCCGCUGCGUCCAGGAGGCCGGGAGGAGGCCCCUCUGGACUGCGAGUCACUUUUGAUUUCUGUCUGGAAAGCAGUUAUGGAAACAGUGAGGGUUGGGUGGGGACGUUUUCAGAAUCUUCUCAGGUCUGUCCCCGGGAGGCGGUUCUCGCCCCCACUUCCCGAGUGGGCCCGAGCCCCGCCCCGGGAAGCGCGCACGCAGCACGAGCACUUUGCCCGGAGCCAUCGAGGGCCGGUGGCGGCAGGGCCCCGGGUGGGUUCCAGGCCUGGCCACGGCCACGGCCACGCACUGAGCCAGAGCCGGGCCCGCCUUGCCCGGGCCCCCUUCUUCCGAGGGGCUCUGAGGGAGGGAACAAGCAAGGGCUGUUUUGGGGGGUGGGAGGGGUAAGGCGGCUGCUUCAUCAGGUGUGGACUGAGCCCUGCAGUGUUUUUCUGUGGGUCAGUGGCUUUGAUUUGCACAACCUAACAGGGAUGAAGGGCCCCUGAUGCAUCGGCCCCACCCGGGACAUGUGGCCGCGGCGCGUUGGGGCCGGUGAGGGAACUCGGCAGAGACCGCGCAGCCAUGGGCCGGACGCCGGCGCUGCGUGCCCGGGCGCCGCCUCCGCUCACCGGACACACGGGGCCAGCCUGCCCGCGUCUGGAGGAGCGGGGACGGGUCACGUGGUGCCGCGGGAGCCCCUCGAGGACAGGGUGGCCGCAUUCCUGGCGGAACAGGCUGGGGGGACUGGGGCCCCCGCCUUCUGUGCCAGUUGUCCUGUGCCAUGUAUUUACACGCAGUGUGUGGUGCGGGCCCGUGGCGGGCCUGCCCCGGGAACGCAGGGUCCUCGCUGGGUGGGCACCCCUGUGUCUUCGCACCUCUCUGGGCCGGAUCACCAGGGAACUGGAUUGGGCUCCCAGGGUGACCAGAGCACGUGGGCCUGGGGCACCCAAAGUAUUCAUUUCUCCCAGAGGGAGCAGUGUGCCAAGCACCCCAGAGCCAGAGCCUGGCGCUCCCGGAACCCCGGGGGCCGGCACCGCUGUGUGUUCUGUGCCAAUGCCAGCGGGGGUCCCGGGGGGUCACGCCCCUACCCCGCCCCUCUUGUGAGGUUUGUUUUUGUUGUUUUAUACCUUGGUGAAGUUUCUCGAGAGAGCGCUGGCCUCGCGCCCUUCCCCCUGUGUCAGAUCCCCAGCAGAGGGGAGGCCCCGCCCAGUGCCGAUGGGCCAACGCCCCUCCCCCACGGCGGCGGCGCAGGGAGCCUGGGGGUGGGGGUGGACGUUCUCUGGUUGUACUUGUAUAUUCACAGCCCUGGUUUCAGACGAUUUAAACCUUAACCUAUUUUAAGAAGAAUAUUAUAUAAAAAUACUGUUUUUAAACCUUUUGUCAUUUGAAAUGCAUGUAUUGUGCGCGCUGGGGGAUGGGCACAUUAGCUCGAUGCCAACGUCCUGGGGCCAAGGCUGCCGAGUUUGGGCAGGCUGGACGGCAGGCUUUGCUCAGCGUGUCGGGGCCCUGACCCCUUAAUCCAGAGAUACCUGAUGGAAAUUGACUUUUCAUAUCUUUCUCCUGAAAUGAAUUGUUUUAAAUUGGAAUAAAUUCUGUUCCUAAA